AAGAUCAUGCACUCUGUUCUUGUCUCGUUUCUGUGCGCGAUUUCAAGUGCUAUUUAUCGGCAUUUUCUUCGAUCGAACUUGUUUCGUUUGUUUGUUGUUUUCCCCCUAAUUUUCUGAAAAACUUGUGGUGGAAAUGGUAGAUAUCUAGACAUCAGACAGUAUCUAGAAUCAGCGGCAGAAGGGCAUUAUCCAGAUUCCAGUCGGUAUCAGCCUUUCUGCACGGAUAUACCUUUGAACACUGUUCACUGCUGUGAACUAGGGUUCUUGACUCGAUCGUCAUCUCUUCUCAUUUUGCAAUCGUGAUCGAUAUUCCGCCAUACCCAUUUCUCACUUGCUGUUCCAGAUAGUGAAAACCUCAAUGUCGGUGCCAAACUUCAUCAGAUUUACGUUUUAAACGCGAAGAGUCGAAGGACGGGAGAUAACACAGAGACGUAAUGGCGUCUGAGAGAGAGGAUUUCAGCCUCUCGGGGCCAUUGCACCUAACAGCUAUAGAUUGGGCAAAUGAACAUCACCGGCGGUCUCUAGCUGCCUGUUUGGUCCAAGGCAUCUAUAUUGCAGAGCGUGACCGCCAGCUUCGACGGGAAGGUUCUGAAGCUCUAGCUCCUCCUUGGUCAGAGUUUUUCAAUUUCCGGCUCAUACGUCAUCUCGUGGACGAUGCUGAUUUCUCCAUUUUUGGAGGUAUCUAUGAGUACAGACCGCCCUCAUCGUCCUCCCAUUCUAUCAAAUCGCUGGAACUGAGACCGCGUUAUGUAAUCGCUUUCAGAGGAACGCUCACCAAACCGGAUUCUGUUUCCCGGGACAUCGAGCUCGACAUCCACAUUAUCCGGAAUGGGCUUCACAGGACAACCCGUUUCGAGAUCGCCAUCCAAGCAGUCAGAAGCAUGGUUGCCGCCGCCGUUGGUAACGGUUCCUCCGGCAUCUGGCUUGCCGGGCACUCUCUCGGAGCAGCCAUGGCGUUGCUGACGGGAAAAACAAUCGCUAAGACUGGGAUUUUCCUAGAAUCGUUCGUCUUCAACCCGCCAUUCUUGUCUCCUCCGCUCGAGAGAAUCAAGGACAAGAGGAUCAAACAUGGGAUACGGAUUGCAGGGAGCGUGAUCACAGCCGGGCUUGCCCUAGCUGCAAAGGCAACCCAAAACCAUCACCACCAUGGCCAACAACACAGAGCAGCACUGACGGGGAACGACCCAUUCACCGCCUUGUCUGAAUGGCUUCCUCGGCUGUACGUGAACUCGAAUGACCACCUGAGCUCGGAGUAUGUCGGCUACUUCGAACACAGGAAGAAGAUGGAGGAGAUCGGGGCCGGUGCCAUAGAGAAGCUGGCGACUCAGCACUCGUUGGGCGGGUUGCUGAUGAAUGCUGUGACCGGAGGAAAGAACGCUGCCAUGGCGGAAGAGCCGAUCCAUCUGAUCCCGUCAGCGAUCGUUACGGUGAACUCGAGCCCCUCGAGGGAUUUCAAGGAAGCUCAUGGGAUUCACCGGUGGUGGAGAGAUGAUCAGAAGAUUGAGUCCAAAGUCUACAAGUACAAAUGAAAUGACCCUAACCUUCUGAAAACCGGGAUUAUUUUUCUCGGCAUGUGUAUUGUAAACUGGAAUCUGGGUUACUGGUAAUGUUGUGAGAGAACAGAUGAUGAUGAUGAUGACGACGUUGUUCUUGUCUGACCAUACCUCCCAUGUGUAAGCUCAUGGAUCCGAAUGGUCAAAGUCAAACGAGAAUAUGUAAUGUCUGUUUCAUUUAGUUUCUGAUUUGAUUUUGCUUGA